AUGAACAGCGAUGGUAGUAGUAGUAGUAUGGGUGACGAUGACAAUACUGUCAUUGUCAACUAUGAUCGAUACUGCGAUGAUUAUGAUGAUUGUGGUGAUAGCGAUGGUAGUGAUAAUACCGGUGUAAUAAUGGUACCGGUGUAG